AUGGCUAUUGAAAACACCCAAGCCUAUGGCAAGAGGCUGAUACCUCACAUUUUGGAUAGCCUGGCUCGUUCGGAGCCUGAUCGCGUCAUCUAUUCGUUAGCCUCAUUUCCGGAUCAUGAUGCUCAUUUCAAAACGAUUACUGCUGGUGCAUUUGCGAAAGCAGUGGACAAAACUGCUUGGUUCCUGCAUAACCAACUCAAGGGACACAACGAAGCUCAAGAGAACGGCAAUGACGAACACCAGGAUACAUCCAGGAAGGGAAUCUUACCGAUAGGCUAUAUCGGCCCUCAUGAUUUGCGACACAUUUUGUUGAUUUAUGGCUCCAUCAAGGCCAACUGCGGGGCAUUAUUUUUGUCCCCGAAGAACAAUGUUGAGGGUGCUCUAGCGGUUCUCAACGCCGCCAAAUGCGACGUCUGGAUCAGGCCUCACGGACAAGCAGCAAUUCCUCUAGUUGAAGAAUUUACAAAGCAAAAGCCCAUGACGAUUAUCGAGCUACCACCAUUGGAAGAGCUUCUCGAUGCCGAGACUACGGAACCGUUUCCAUUUACGAAGACCUUCGAAGAAGCGGUACACGAGCCGUUCUGUAUCACACAUACAUCUGGCACCACGGGAGUUCCGAAGCCAAUAUCAUGGACUCAUGGACUAAUAGGUUCCUUGGACGCCGUUCGCCUGCUACCGCCAACUGAUGGGGAUCAAGGUUUCAAACCUUGGACAGACAAUUGGAAUGAAGGAGACACAAUUUACUCUUCAUUCCCCAUGAGUCAUGGUGCUGGUAUGCUCAUGGACAUUGUUGUACCAGCAUUCUUCAAGCUUCAUUGCGUUCUAGGUCCACCAGGAGUCCUUCCCAAUAUGUCGCUGAUCGAUGAUUUGCUGGCUCAUGCCAAGAUUGACAUUUGGCAUCUGGUUCCAUCACUUGCGGAUGAACUAGGCGAGACUCCAGCAGUUCUGGCAAAAUUUACAAAGGCCAAAUUCGUUUGUGUCUCUGGUGGUCCUGUCAGCCCCAGCAUUGUCGCGAAAGUGAACGAUGUCGUCAGAGUGCUCAAUCUGACAGGGACCACAGAGGGUUUAUUUAUGGGAGUAUUAUGGCCAACACGAGAGGAUUGGCAUUGGUUCGCGUUUCAUCCCCUCGCGGGAUUUGAAUUCAAGGAAAUUGAACCAGGCGUCUACGAACACUGGGUUCAUCGAAACCCUCAAUGGGACUUGUUUCAAGGUGUUUUCUACACGUUUCCGGAUCAACAAUCGGUCAAUCUCAAAGAUCUCUACAAACGGCAUCCCACAAAGCCAUAUCUAUACGCAUACACCGGUAGAAGCGACGAUGCUGUUGUGCUGUCCAACGGAUACAAGGUCGCGCCUUUAGAGGCAGAGGCUUUGAUUACAACACAUCCUGCAGUCGAGGGUUGCCUUGUCAUUGGACAAGCAAAGCCGCAGGCUGGACUCCUCAUCGAACUAAAGGACCCUUUGGCCAGAAACAACGAAUUAUUCGACAGCAUCUGGGAGAAAGUGGAACGAGCGAACUCAUCUGGUUUCCAAAAGAUCAGGUUUCAAAGGGAUUAUGUUGCCUUUGCAGAGCCAGACAAACCCUUCAUCCGCACGGACAAGUCAACAAUCAAGCGUCGAGCAACUCUGGACCUCUACGCAGAUUUCAUCGAUCGUUUCUACGCUACAAGAGAUGUGGUAUCAGCCGAUGCUCACUAUGAGUUUACAAUUGAUACAACUUCAGAAGAGACUAUCUUGCAGUCUGUCCGAAACAUCAUGGCAUCGGUAAUGAUCGAAUUCGAGGACGCCAGUAUGGAUGAAGAUGUCUUCGAGAUGGGUCUGGAUUCCCUUCUUGUGUUCCAAGUUAUCCGGAUCAUUCGAGGAUGUACAGGGCUACAAGAGCAGAUUGCUCCAAGGCAUCUAUAUGCAAAUCCAACGCUCGCCAAAUUCUUAGUACACCUUGGGAAGGUACUACAGCAACAAGCAGAACCGAAGACAAAGGGAAUCUCCCAUGAAAAUUCCAAUGGCCAAGUCAACGGAUCUGAAGACCAAGGAUCGGACAUGUUAAUCGAGAAACCCAUUAAUGGACUUCAGGAUGCGAUAAACGAGUACCAGCGACGGACAGGGUUCAAGAUGAAUCCAUUCGAUGCAGUGAACCCUAAUCAUUAUAUGGGCUUCACGCUCUUCUUUGCUUUACCUCCUGAUUCGAGCUUUGAACAAACAUUUGAGCGCCUGCAAGCUGGUUUGUGUCGUGCUUUCCAGAUCAUUCCAGAGCUUGACGGCAAGAUGAUGCACGCUUCGGAGCACGAAUUCGGCUACAAGAAAGGCGAAUAUGCCAUCACGAUACCACCUUUGUCAAUGGCGACCAAGUCCAAUCCCAGACAGCUAGUCUAUAAGGAUAUGACAAAGGCCCUUCCAUCUUAUUCGGUGAUGCGAGACAGCAACUUCGCACCUUCGCUCUACGAAGACAAAGUCGUUCUCGAUUGCUAUCCUUUCCCUAGCAUGCCCGCUGACGUGAUGGUUGCUCAUGCGAACUUUGUUGAGGGCGGAUGCAUUUUGGCCACAAACUUCAUGCACACUUGCAUGGACGGUCUGGGCGCCACGAUAGCUCUAAAAGUCUGGGCAGAGUGCUGUAGGUACGUGCAGGGAGAUCAAACAGCAACAUGCGGCUGGUAUGCUCCGCAAAGUUUCAACCACAACCUGCCCGAGAUUCUUUACCAACAAGAAGGACACAUGAAGGCUGCACAUCAAGUCGAUAACACUAUGUGGGACUUCUUGCCUUUCUUCCCACCGGAUUAUAAUGCUGAAGAACGACAAACAAAGAACAAGGCAAUCGUCAAGGGUACCUCACCAGAAGAUCUAAGACCAGUGUAUCGACGGCAGCCUCAGUGGCCAACUGCUCCUUCAGAUCGUUCCUUGUCCAGUACAUUCUUCUUGCUCUCCCGCGAGAAUUUGCAAAAGCUCAAAGACGAUGUCAAUCGACAUCCUGAAGUCAAAGGCCAGACCACUUCCAUCAGCGACAUCGUCCAGGCAUUUCUGUGGCAAACGGCCAUCAGAGCAAGAUAUCUCGUGGCCAAAGAACACCGUGGACAAACUUUUGGUCCAGAAGAGAUGUCCAUUCUCGAGAUUCCGAUCGACGGGAGGCUCUAUUUUUCGGGUCAUCUGCCGUCCACUUAUAUGGGUAGCAUGCUCAUCAUGAGUCGUACGAUGAUGCCCGUGGAAGAAUUGUGCUCGCCAAACACCAGUCUUGCCAAAGUUGCUUCUCUGAUUCGCAAAACGAUCGCAAAAGUCAACACUGCUCUUGUACAUGACGCGUACACUCUGUUACGUUCUAUGACAGACUACACCAAGCCAGCGACUGCGAAUAUGGGCCUUGAGCACAUGAACAAGAUGAUUUCCAACAUGAUUCUCUGGGAACAGGAAGACAAUCUUUCCUCAUUUGGUAAAAGUAUCUUUUCUGGAGGCAGGCCAGAAGCCGUGCGUCCACAGAUUGAGCGCGGGCACAGGCGCUUCCGAUUCUCGCUCAUCCACCCACUGAGGGCGGAUGGCGGUGUGGAGCUCGAGCUGGGCACCCUACCGGAGGAGCUGAAGAUGCUGCAGCAGGAUGAAUACUUCACGAGAUAUGCGAGACUUCUGGAUGUCAGGCGUGGGACGGGUUGGUAA